AUGCAUCUUUCUCGCUCAAAUACAUCUCGUAGCAAAUCUCGUUCACCUGCUCCUCCAAUUUUUCAAUCACCUCGCCAAUAUUUUCCUCCUUCUCAUUUUGCAGCAGCGGGGGGAUUUGUUCUACCAAACCAAGAUCGCGUAGAGCGAGCUAAUUCCAGUUUCUCAGAAGAUCACUCACAGGAUGCGUACAUGCCCAUUUCCUACCUUUCAUCGGCGUCUUCGGAUCCAUCUUCUCUCGAAUACAAUAACAGUCACUGCAUAACAGAACCUCGUUCAAGGAAAUCUUCUGCGGAGAGCUCUAUGAAGAAACGCGAAAGUCAGAUGCACAAUUUGCCUUUAGUGGAAGCGCAACUCCUACCUUCUCUCCGCGAUACGAUAGACAAAAUGACUCGUCCUCCAUCCCGGAUGACGAUCUCAACCCCCACCAUCAAACUCUCUCGGCAGAAUGGCUCAGAAGAUUAUGGUAGCUGUGGCGGCGGCAGUAUCGAUGUCUCGCCGUAUCCAUCACCUUCGCCGAGGUUGAAACCUCCCUCUACCCAUACGCCAAUGACUUAUGAUGCUGGCGAGGAUCGUUGUACAACUCCGAAGCGAACAACUACGCCCAAAACUGGUAGCGUUCUAAAAUCAGCAUUAAAGGCCCCUACACCCAAAUUAUCUGCUUCCCCUUCUCCUACACCCGCGCAGACAUCGAGUCCAGGUGGAGGAGCGCUAAGAUCAGUACGGAGUCUCCUUCGUCGAAAGUCGUCGUCUUCCACGGCACUCACAGUCUCUUCAGUUUCUGAUGCUCAGGUCACAAAAGAAAAUCAGCCAGCGAUAACCUUUGACGUGCACAGACAAAUGAACGCGCGCAGUCGGUCACGUACAGAUCCUGGUACAUUUGUGACAGCAGCCAAUACUCUAACAGCUCAGUCCAAUCAUUCUUCAACCUCGAAAACUCAUCAGACACCGCAUACAUCCCACAUUCCUCGCUUUCGUGGAGGAACUUUUACUCCCGGGACUGCCAGACAAUUCGUCAAAAGUCAUAAAACUGAUGCAAAUGCCAGCACGGACGAAUCAGAUCUCGAAUAUCGCUACGAGGUAGAAGGCAGGGAUCGACGUAAACUCACUGUGACGAAUGCGGUAGUCGUCCCAUCGUCCAGUUCUGAGAGUGAAGAUGACCCGUCCUUUCAUUUACAUCCUCGCUUCCAUACAUACGGCUAUAGCCAGAGGCUUCCUGGUCGGUCAAAGCCUGGUCAGGGCCAAGAAGGAAAAAUCGGAUUAGGACUGAUGUUCACCAAUCAAAAUCGGUCUGGUCAGCAUGAACCUGAUUGUAUUCAAAUUUACCAUGAAGACCAUACUUAUGAACACAUCAAUGUCAGUACAGGAGCUCCUCAUUCAGUCUGCGAUACCGUCCCGAAAAGGCAAUCACGUUCGUCCAUCGCAUCCUACCCCUCAGCGGGCUCCAUCUACACUGACGACGAGGAAGCGGAGUUCUCGGAUACGACCGGAACCGGAACCGGAAUCGCUCGGUCAAACCAAUCCCUUGAUCUGAAUGAGUUAGACGAAACGCAUAGUAGACGGAAGGCCGCUCUAUUAGGGCUUGUGAAGGGACUAGACAACUUCAGUCUUCAAUCGAGCUCAGGCUGUGCCGGUGAUAUCAAUCGUCAUAUGGGUGCUCCAGGUUUGGGUGCGGAAAUCAGCAGUGGCAGAAGCAUUUUGUCGGAAGGGGAGAGUGAUUAUUGUGGAGAGAAGGGAUUGGCCGUUAGUGGGUCCCUGGGCGAGGAAGCCAAUGGGCUCAAUGAUAGGGAUCAGGAAGUCAGUGAGUCUGAUUAUGGAUUUGAGGGUAAAGAGGACCCGGGUGCUAUGAAACAACAAUUUCAACGGAUCAGGUCGGCCACUAAUCCCAGUGUAACCCCUACACCUCCGGCACCCGUUCCGAGCACGAGCCGAAGAUCAAGCCGAUAUUCCAGUCCCUCUGAAUCUACUGUUGGAAAAGGGGUCCCCAAUGAGCCUGAAUUCGACAGAGCUCUAAGUUCGAAACGACAUUCCUUGCAUCCUGCCUCAGCCAUAUCUAAUUCUCCGUCUCCUGUGCCGCCCGGCCGUUACAAUCAUAUUCCGCCAUCACCACGUCUGCCGACAACAUCAAAGAGCAAGGAUAAAUCUUCUGCCAAUAUCGGUGGAAGUCUUCACUACUCUCGUAUCCCUCAUGCUCCAAUUCCGAGUGAGAAAGAUCAAAAGCUCAUCUCAAAACGGAAAUCCUAUACCAGAGAUUUGUCACUCUCCCCUUUACCCUUGUCCCCGACUACUUCGACAGCCACACCCUACUGCCGAUCGAGUCCCACACCUUCAACAGUCAAGCGGGAAUCUCACAACUCCUACGAAUCUGUUGUGCUAGCCAAGCGAUCCAUGGAAGCGGUAGUACGCACUCGUCAAGCUUUCGGCAUUCCACCAUCGGAGUCAGACGCGAUCUAUCACCCUUCCGUAGUCAAUGAUCAAGUGCCCGACAAAGAGAACAACGAUAUCGAUAUGUCGCUGCAAUCAAUGCUUCCACCUGCCGAUAGCAUGGCUUCGGGUGUAGACGUUGCGAUGGAAAGAUCAAGCUGGGAACACGAAGUAGACAAUGAACUCAGUGUCGGAGCAGAAAAUCUGUUCAGAACGUUGAGUCAAGGGGGUGGCGAGGCCAGAGGACGUUCGCAUCAAGCUCCCGAAGACAGAAAGAAUCAGAGAUACGAGCCACAGCAGCAACGGCAUCUCAUUUCCUCAACUGGCGAAGAACAUUUUGAACGAAGUGAAAAGUCCAGAUCGAGAGAGCGGCGUCAGCCACGGCAUCGUUCUCGAACCCCAGUGGCGCGGUCUAGUUUGACACAGAGGACAAUGGACAGUGAAAAUUUCAAGAAACCUUCUAUACCCUCUUCCUGGCGCUCUAUGGUCGGUCCUGAUAUGUAUAUGUCUCUGCUUGAAGCCCAUGGCGAGGUAGAAGUCCAACGGCAAGAAGUGAUAUGGGAGCUACGCACACAAGAGACUGUGUUUGUCGAGCGUCUGUCUUCUGUCGUAAGCCUCUUCAUUAUUCCCCUCCGAGUCCACGCCACGAAAUCCUGGAUAGCCGGCGUCCCUCUCGAGAUAGCUAAGGUUUUGGACUGGUUGGAGGACAUUGUUAACUUACAUACUGAGAUCCGAGAUACCCUACAGUUAUCUCAGACACCAGAAUGCCCGCUCGCCGGUGUCUCCGAAGCUGAAGAUCGCGGAGGGACGAGAGUAGCAUAUGCUCUUCGUUCGUUCGUGCCCAGGUUGGAGAUAUAUCAACCGUAUCUGGUCAAAUUAUCGAAUGUUUCAGAGAUGCUCCGAAGGUUGGUCAAGGAUAGCGAGAGCGAUUUUGGUGAGUUUGUGAGGAUACAGGAAAAGACAUUGGAACGUCGGGUGAGCUUUGCGAAUAUGUUGCUGGAACCUGCGGAGAGAAUUGCGACGUAUCCUGAUCUCUUUCGGAAGCUAUUGAACGUUACUCCCAAGAACCAUGAAGAAUAUCUGGCGACUGUCAUGCUGGUUCAUUCCACUAGUCUAGUCAUCAAGACUCUUCAGACGGUCAAGGCAAGAGAAGAAGAAUACGAGUUCAUCAAGAGUAUUUCCGAACGCAUCGACGGAUUACCUGCCACGACAAACUUGGCGCGAAGGGAUCGUCGUCUACUCUGCCAUGGAGAAUUGCUUUGUCUAAACUUAAAUCAAACCCCCCGCAACUCCGAUCCAAGACGGGCCUCAGACGUCAAGAUGAACAAUACCACGAACAAGCUUGUAGAUGCAAUAAACGAUUGGGACACUAGAAGAUCAAGAUCCGGAUCCGUCAAAUCAAAUAAUUCCGCUUCCACAGGUGUAUCUUUUCGUUCUGUUGAGACCAGUUCCCCGCCUCCGCCACCUCAGUUGUCGGUUUUAGUGUUCUCAGACUUGGUUGUGUUUGCCACUACUCGAUUGUCUUCAAGGGAAAAUUCGAACCAAAUUCAUCAAGAACAACAAGGGUCAGAAAGAUGGACUCUUUGUGGUGAUAUCGGUGUCGCGAGGGUUUUGGGAGUAGAAGAGGCCUCAAACGGAGAUGAUGCAGAGGGAUCUUCGUCGAUAUAUGUAGACCUACUUCCAGUAAAAUUUGAUCUCAGCCAAAGCAGUUCGUGCACCGGGACGCGCGUCAAGACUGUUCAACUUCAAUUACCUCUUACCGUAACCUCCAAUCCUUCUUGCAAAUCAUGGAUUUCCGCCUUUGAACUCUCCUCUCAAUCUACGUUCCGCAAUCUUUCCACCCAGGGACUCACCCAAACUACGGGCGAUAUCGAAGGACCUAAUCGCCUUCUCGAGCAAGACCGGCGGAGGAUUCUUGAAUCAAUUCUGGACACCGGACUGCCGCUUCCAAAAAGUCCUUCGGCACAGCUUAUUGAAGACGCGAUGGGGCGAAGUAGUUUUGAUUCUACGGAGAUGGAAAGAGAAGAGCGAGGAUGGUGGUCGUUGCAGUUCCAACAGUUACUUCGAGAAAAUUGGUAUGGCAAAACCUCAUAG